CACAGAGCAGCAAACCCUUAAUGUAAAGCGAGCCCGUCAAACCCCAGCCUCCGGCGCGUGUUACGUUUAAAGCACCCGAUCGCCUCCUUCCCUCAGUUAGUUACCUACGAUGCUCACGCGAAUUCGGAGAGGAUUGGAGAGGCGUCGGACUCAGCGCGUCCAGAUGGAUUCCCAGUAAUCCCUAGUUGGAUUGGGAGACUUUACAGCGGCCCGUUUGAAUUGGCCAGCGGCCAGAUCGAACCAGAGGGUUGAAGUACUUGGAUCUAUUAGGUUUUGCUGCUGGCGGGAGACGGGUUCGAGUUCUCUCGUGGAGAAAAAUGAAGCUCCGGGGAUGUAGCGAUCUCCGACUGGUGUGUAACUGGUGCCCAUGCUGAGCCCGGCACCGCAACCCGGUGCGCCCUUGCCAAUCGCCCCGAGUCUGCGUGUGCGCUCCGCCCGGAGACCAUGCGCUCCGGCCCCAUGCCUAUGCUGCAGCUGGCCGCCCUCGUCUACUCUCUGCUGCCGGCCAGGACCCAGUACGACAGCUGCAAGUCGCUGGUGAACACUGGUGACGCCGGCCCUUCUUGGGAGUUUUACGCGUGUCAACCGAGACCCAUGUCCAUGAAGCAGUUCCUGAAGGUGAAGGUGGAGCCGGCAGGGGUGACCUGUGGAGACCCUCCCGAACGCUUCUGUGCCCUGGGCAAUCCCUAUAUGUGCUUUAGUGAAUGUGAUGCUUCAAACCCAGACCUGGCUCAUCCCCCCAAACUAAUGUUUGAUCAGGAGGAUAAUGGACCUGUAACUUACUGGCAAAGUGUCACCUGGAAAAAGUACCCUGAACCUCUCCUCGCCAACAUCACCCUGUCUUGGAACAAGAGCAUCCAACUCACCGAGAAUAUUGUCAUUACCUUUGAGGCAGGCCGGCCCACCACUAUGAUUCUGGAGAAGUCCCUAAAUCAUGGAAGGACAUGGCAGCCUUAUCAGUACUAUGCAGAGGACUGCAUGGAGGCUUUCAGAAUGGAGGCCAAAAAUGUCCGCGAUCUUUCACCUGUGACAGCUCUCCAGAUCAUCUGCACUGAAGACUACUCCAAGUGGUUGGGCUUUGAGAAUGAGAAGAACUUGCACUUUGAGGUCAGAGAACGCUUUGCCAUUUUUGCGGGCUCCUCCCUCCAGAAUAUGGACGCUCUGUACAAGAGAAUGGACAUUAACAAGGGUCUACGAGACUUUUUCACAUUAACAGACCUUCGCAUUAGGUUGAUUAAACCUGCCACUGGAGGGACAUUUGUACAGAGGAAAUACUUAAACAAGUACUUCUACGCAAUUUCUAAUAUUGAAGUUGUGGGCAGGUGUAAAUGCAACAUGCAUGCAAAUAGCUGCCACUUCAAGGAGGGGAGUUUGAUGUGCGAAUGUGAUCACAACACAACAGGCCAAGAUUGUGGAAAGUGCAGGAAGAGCUAUAAAGCCAAGUCAUGGCGACCGGGCAGCUACAGCCCAUACCCAAUGGGAACAGCCAACAGCUGUGUAGCUGCCAGUUCUGCUUACGGCAUAAUCAAAAAAUCACAAGCGGUGAUCCCACCCGUAGCUGCCGCCUCACAGAAGCCACAGAAGGGGCCAGACUGUGAAUGCUACGGACACUCCAAUCGCUGCAGUUACAUAGAGUAUCUGAAGAUCGUGACUUGCGUUAGCUGCAAACACAACACCAGGGGGCAGCACUGCCAGCACUGCCGACUGGGCUACUAUCGCAACGCCUCUGCUGAACUAGACGACGAGAAUGUUUGUAUUGUAUGCAACUGCAAUCAACACGGAUCGAGGCACGAUCGCUGCAAUGAGACUGGACACUGUGAAUGUAGGGAAGGAGCAACGGGCGUGAAGUGUGAUGAUUGUAAACCAGGAUUCCACUGGAGACAGGGCUGCUUCCCAAAUAUCUGCGACAAUGAACUCCUGCUGUGCCAGAACGGCGGGACCUGCCGUCAGAACCAGCGCUGCCUCUGCCCCAAGGGCUACACCGGCGUCCUGUGCGAAAGCCGCAAAUGCGACCUGCAGGACGAGGAUUGCAACGCGGCGCCCGUCUCAUCCCUCGGCCCGGGCACUGCCCUGCUCUACGCUCUCACACUGCUGCUGGUGGCUGCAUUCUCCUAGUCAACGGGCGUCUGUGGGUAAACUUUAGGCCCAGGGUGUCCAGUCUGCUGAGGCGCUUCAAGAGCGGGAGGGCUCCUGCGACGACUCCGCGCCGCACCAAAGAACGGGCCACUUUCAAAGCUCCAUGUUUCUAUUGGUGGUGAUGAUGAGACUGUACAAGUUGACACGUCUGUACCGUAUCCCACAGUGAACAUUGCUCAUAAUCCGUACGGGGAGGGGGGGAUUGAACUAAAACCCACUAUUAUGGCGAGUAACUGCAGAAUGGACUCUUCAAAAAUUUGCUGCAUAAUCCAAUUUCAUCUAUUGUCUAGAUGUACCAAUGCCUAAAACACUAGUGGCUGCAUUUGUUUGCAAAAUACCAGUUGGAUGGGUGGAAUUGGCUGAAUUUGCAACAAGCAUGGUUUAGAGGGUGCGAACGGCUGGUGAUAUAACAUGCCGCGCAGUAUUAUUAUACCAGGUUCAACACUUCUUUUGUAGAAAUGGUUAUUUUUGCUCUAUGUUAACAUAUUAUGGCAUUUUAUUAUACAGUGACAACAGAGUAA